AUGGUGCACUUGACGAACGACCUCACGGCUCUGAUUGGGUUUGCGUGCGAGGCUACGCUUUGGGGAGGGUAUGCAAUCCUGUUCAUCGUCUCGAUCAUCCUUCUCCGUCGACGAAGCCUCAAAACGGAGCUGAGCACGCCUGUCGUCGUGGCUCAUGUCGCGCUGUUCAUAGCUUGCACAGUGCACUAUGCGCUAGAGUUCAAUCACUUCUAUACGACCCUGGCGGCAAAGGGCGUAGAUGGAUACGCAAACGAGACGACACAGCUCGUCGGAGCCGACAUCUUUCUCUCGCUAUGUGAUCUUCUAGGAGACUACAUCCUGAUUUACCGUUGUUGGGCACUGUGGGGCCGGAACUACUGGAUUAUCGCCCUUCCAUCCAUGUGCGCCAUCGCGGGCUUCGCCUGCAUCAUGCAAGUCGUGCACUACGUCGUCACGCUCGACCCGACGUCGCCCACCCCACCCAAGCCGAUGCUCCCGCUCACGCUCGCGGGCUACUCGCUGCCCCUGUGCACGAACGUCAUGGCCACCGCACUCAUCAUCGCCCGCAUCUGGUGGCUCUCGCGCCCGACGCCCGGCACGGAGGGCGCGUUCCGCUCCGCGCGUGCGAUCUCGCGCUCCGCGAUGGCGACGAUCGUCGAGAGCGGCGCGCUGUACCUCGCGAUCCAGCUCACGUACGUCGUGCUGCUCUCGCUCGAGAACCCUGUGGACGCGAUCGUGGCGGUGAUGGCCGCGCAGAUCUACGGUAUCGCGCCGACGCUCAUACUCAUCCGCGUCAUGCUCGGGCUGUCGGUGGAGACGACGAUGGAGCCGGGCGCCGCGACGCCUAUGGUCUGGGCGUCGGUGUCGAAGAGGUACACCACCACGCACGAGCAGAGCAAGAUGGGACUCAGCGUGGACACGGGCGGCAGCACUGCGGCGGGCAGCAGCAGCACGAAGGUGUACCACACGGACUCGGAUUCGGUCGAGAUGAAGCCUGUGGAGGAGGUGUAG